CGACGGGCUUUCUCUCCAAUGUAAAACUUUUCUUUUCCGCUGAGUCAGGGGUAGUAGUGGUGUUAGUAGCCAAGCGGCUUGUUGGGGAAUGAUGCAAUAGUGCAGCAUCGUGUGGUUAGAUGCUGAUACAAUUAUACAUCGUAUCUUUUUUCUCUCAUUUUCGUUUCUUUUUUUUUUCUGUUGAUCAUUAGCUUGGGGAAAUACAUAGGAACUUACUAGGUUUGAAUCAUCGGUCGUUUGCAGACUUGUCCUCUGCGUGGUUUAUCCGAAUACAUACACUAUUUCCAUCCCGACUUGCCAGCACGAUAGAUAAGGUAGCUGACAGUAUUUACUGUUUUUACUGUUCUGUCCAUAAUAACGCAAUUCGUCUCUGUCUCCCACAUCUCUUCUCAUUCUCAAACCUCUGUCUAUCACAUCCACCAAUUGCAUAUUCCCAUAUCUAAGACUCUCUAUCAAACAUGGCAACUCCACUAAAUCAGAAGACUUUCACUCUAAACAACGGAGUAAAGAUUCCCGCCAUCGGCUUUGGCACCUUCGCCAAUGAAGGCGCCAAGGGCGAGACCUACAAGGCGGUUACCGUUGCCUUGGAGGUAGGCUACCGACACCUCGACUGCGCCUGGUUCUACCAGAACGAGGCCGAGGUGGGCGACGCUGUCCGGGACUUCCUCGCGAAGAACAAGUCCGUGAAGCGCGAGGACCUCUUCAUCUGCACAAAGGUGUGGCAGCACCUGCACGAGCCGGAGGAGGUCAAGUGGUCGCUGGAGAACUCCCUCCAGAAACUCGGCCUCGACUACGUCGACCUGUUCCUCGUGCACUGGCCCAUCGCCGCCGAGCGCGACGACAACUACAUGCCCAAGAUCGGCGCCGACGGCAAGUACGUCAUUAAGAAGGAGCUUACGGAGAACUUCGAGCCCACGUGGCGCGCCAUGGAGGACCUGUACGAGGCCAAGAAGACGCGCGCCAUCGGCGUGUCGAACUGGACGAUCCCGUUGCUCAAGAAGCUGCUGAGCUUCGCCAGGGUCAAGCCGGCGGCCAACCAGGUCGAGAUCCACCCGUUCCUGCCCAACGAGGAGCUCGUCCAGUUCUGCAAGGAGAACGAUAUCCUGCCGGAGGCGUACUCGCCGCUCGGAUCGCAGGACCAGGUCCCCAACACGGGCGAGAAGGUGCGCACGGACCCGACGCUGAACGAGGUCGCCCGCCGCAGCGGGCACACGCUGGCGCAGGUCCUGCUCGCGUGGGGCAUCCGCCGCGGCUACGUCGUGCUGCCCAAGAGCUCGACCCCUUCGCGUAUCAAGAGCAACUUCGAGGUGCCGGAGCUCUCCGACGCCGACUUCGAGGCGGUCAACAGCGUCGCCAAGGGCCGCCACACCCGCUUCGUCAAUAUGAAGGACACCUUCGGCUAUGACGUCUGGGCCGACGAGGCCAAAUAAACUACCUAACCUAACCUAACCUAAGGUAGGCUACCUAAAUAAAUCCGGUAAAUACCUACCGGUAGCUCCCUAGGUAGCAUCUCAGACUCUACCUAUAUCGUGUAGCGCCGGACCAAAAGAAACUCGAUUUCGUUGGUCCGACUUGCUUCGCGUUUCUCUUCCCUCCCCUCCCUCCCCUCCCCCCCCUUUUUUUCCUUGCUUAGUCGAGGUGCAUGCGACAUUAGCGGUGGACAACCGAUGUCAACAAUGCGUCAUAGAAAAUCCACUUUUUCCCUAUAUCCACUCUCCUUUAACCCAAAAAGGAGGGGGGGAUAACGUACGGAUUACAAACCUAUUCCUAAGUGUUAGCCUGCUUGAUAUCCUAAUGAUGGUGGUUACUUAGAAAGCAUUUUCAGAAAAAACUAAAUACCUGGUUUUUUCUUUCGGCGUUAGUAGAGAAAAGGAAUUGGAUAUGAGGGAAUAAAAAAUUUAAAAAAUUAAAAAGGAGAGGGAGAAAAACUGGAGAUGGAUGGAUGGAUG